AUGGCCGCUCAGGCGACUGCCCCGCGCGCAACAAACGACACUACCACCACCUCCCCCGACACCAGCGAUGAGGAUCAGGACUACACCUGCCCUCACAACGACCGCACCUUCACCUCACACAUCGGCCUGGUCGGUCACUUGCGAAUCCAUCGCAGAGAGACUGGCGAACCAGUGCCUGGAGCACCCACCUAUACAAACCAAACUCAUCUCUACUGCCCACACUGCCCUCGCACUUUCAGGCAUCGCAUGGGCCUAUUCGGCCACAUGCGCAUCCACGACGACCUGCGGUAG